AUGUUCCCCCGCCUCCGCACCCCCAUCCUCCAAAACACCGGCUCCACGGCGCGCGACCACCUCGCUUCCGAACGGACCUUCCUCGCCUGGCUCCGCACCGGUCUCGGCUUCGUAGCCCUGGGCAUCGCAAUCGAGAGAUUCGGCCAGCUCGACCCCGUCCCCACCCCGGCAGCCAAGGGCAAGGGUGGGCAUCCCAAGAAGGACAAGGGCGAGGACCUCGUGCGGGGACUGUUGGCGACGGGGACCGGGAGCAUCGCGUACGGCACGGCGAGAUACUUUUCCAACAUGAGGAUGCUGGAGAAGGGAUCGUACAAGCCGAGUCUGUACGGCGCGGGCGCGUUGAGCCUGGCCGUGGUCGGGUUGACGGGGGCGGCGUGUUGGGAGAUUGUGAGGGGGAAGCGGGAGGAGGGGGAGGAUUGA